AUUCUAGCCAAAUUCAACGCAGGGCAACCAACCACCACAACAACGAACAACAACGAUGCUGAGCGAGGAGCGGCUGCAGCGCAUGAAGGCUGCGGCCCGCAGGCGACGGGAACGAACAGCAGCGACGGCAGACCCUGAUGAUUCACGAGCGUCUUCGAAUGGCAGCAGCUCACAGGGUGAUAAGGCUGGCAGAAAGCCCAGUGCACGCACCUCUCAUGAGCAGCCAUAUGGCACAAGUACCGCAGCAGACAUCAUGGCUCAGCUCCAGCAGCAGCCACACCAAGACAAGCAAGCACCUUCGGACGAUGCCGAGGAAGAGGGAAGAGGAAACGCAGCACAAGCACGAAAGAGAACGCAACGUGUGAGGUUUGACACUGGGGCAGACAUUCGCGACUCGUUGGAGGCCCUUCUUGCUGACGACGACAAUAACAACAACACCACCAACAACAACAACAACAGUGGCAACAGUGGAGGUGGUGGUCAUGGCUGUCAUGAUGAUGUUGACUAUGAUGAGUAUGAUGACGAUGGUGACUACGAUGAUGACGACGCUGUUGGUGCUGUUGAGUAUGGAAUUGCUGAGGACGACGACAACCACGCGAGCAGGUUGCAUGCGCGGACAUCCAGUGACAAGGGUACCACUGACCACAAGGGCAGCGUGCAUGCUGGUCGUGUUGGCACUAGCGCGACAGUCAGCAACCGACGGUACGGUGCUGCGCCCAAGCUUGAUGCCACGCACCGAACGAACGGCAGAGGCACCAGCCAAUCACGACAACACGAGCGACCACGCUCUACUGCAGCAACCAAGGAAGCGAACCGAUCAACAGCAUCAGCAGUUGCGAAGAUGGCCUCAGCGAAAUCAAGACCGACUGCAGCAGCGAAGGCAAAGCCUGCGCCGACCGUCGCUACAGCAGCAGCCUCCACAGCAGAGCAGGGGUUGGCGAGAGCCUCUGCAAAGCAAGUUGGUGAAAGCGAGACGGCCGUGCCCCUCUCCGAGGAGAUUCGAAGAUUGCUUCGUGAUUCAGACCUCAGGAACAGUCCUACGCGCAAGCCCAUUGCAAGACCGCACGAGGACUAUGAGCGCACGAUACAGCGGCAUCUGGCGUUUAUCGACAAGCUGAUUGAGGAGAAGCAAGAGCUCACGGACCAGUGCCAGAAGCUGGCAAGUGCAGUUGAAGACAUUGCCAAGAAAUCAGAAACAAAACUCAAGACCAUGAAGCACAAGCAUGAAACCGAACUGCGGUCUCUGGGAGAGCGGCUGAUGAAAGCGGAGAGCGCCAAGCGAGCAAAGUGGAUGGCAGCGCAGAAGAAGCGCAUCAAGGAAGCCACCAUUCGCGGACUCGAACCAGAGAUACAACGCCUCAUUGAGGCACACAAGAAGGAGAUUGAGGAGUUGAACGCGCAGCACGAGCGUGAGCUCUCAUCCGCUUCCAACCGCGAUGACGCAAUUCGCCAAAGAUUGCGUCAGGAGCUCCAGCUUGAGAUUGAAGCGGACAAGCAGCGCGAAAUUGCAGACCAGAUUGCUUCAACCAAAUCAUUCUACCGCAAGCAAAUCGAGUCCUUGGAAGAGGACUUGCAGCAACAGCGCAUCAAGUUCAAGCGACAGCUUGAGUCGACGGAGGAAACGUGCAGGGAGACACUGGAAGAGGAGCGAAAACGGCUACAGGCCGAAGUCGAGCUUGCUGCGGCGAAGGAGAAGCUGCGGGAGGAGCGGGAUCAGGAGAUUGAACGCGUCAUCUCACGUCUCGAAGACGAAAUGGCCACGACACACGCAAACCUCGAGGCCUCGUACAACGAGCGGCUGGCGAAGCUGAAGGAGAGCUUGAAGGAGACGCAGGAGCGCAACGAGGAGCUGGAGGCGCAAUUGGCAAAUGCUGCAACGAGCACGGAUGAGGCAGAGACAGCGGCAGCAAGGAAGAUUGAAGAGCUGCAGGCGCAGGUGGAGAAGGUGACGCAGCAGCGGGAUGGGAUCCAGGCAAGACUUCAGAAGGAGUUUGAUGCAAAGGACAUGGAACAACGCAAACGGAUACACGAGCUUGAGAUGGAGCUCUUGGAGGCGAAGCAGCAGGGGAACAUGGAGGCAACGCGGCUGAAGCACGAGCACGAGAAGGAGCUGGCAGACCUGAAGAAGGCGGUAGAGGAGGCACUUGCAACGCGCGAUCAGACCAUCAAGGACCUGCAACUCGAAGUGCAGAUGGCAAAGCGCGGUAUCGCGCCGUGACGCAGCGGCCAUGGUCGCAAUGGUGUAUAAGUGUGUUUGUGUGAGAUUGUGUGUGUGUGUGUGUGUGUGUGUGUGUGUGUGUGUG